GUGACGCACGCGGCACACAGGAAACAUUUCGGCUCCGGUGGGGCUGUCUGGACCGCCCAGCCGACGCUCGGCUCGGAGUCGGACGUAGAAUGUAAACAGUAAACACUAAACACUACCAAGAAGUAAACACAGCCAGGGCGGCGUGUGUCAGAUCUCUGUGGUACUUCUUGUAUGAGUCGCAUCACUGAGAGAGUACUAGGUUUGCCUGAAAUGUACUUCAUGACAUGAGUGCAAAGAACAUAACAGACUAGAGAAGGUGGAGGUUAUAAUAGUGGAAGGCGGAAAACAUCGUAUGGAACCAUGGAGCUGUUCUAUUCAGUGUCCGAGAAACGCUCCCUCGAUGAUACUCAGCAAACCUCGCUAUACAGUGAUGGAGGUGCAUGUGCUGUCUCCUCCAAGAGUGUGGUGGCCUUCACACGAAUGACCACAAGGCAGGACAGCUACCGCCAUCGCAUUCCAAUAUGUACAGUGUGUGUUGCAGAUCUGAACUCUCCAAAUGAGCCUCAUGUAAUAAUGGAGUCAGUGAGCAAGGUGAUCUUCCUGACAUUCAGCAGUGAUGGCUCCCAGCUGCUGGUUGUGCUAAGCAUGGGUCGUGUCCAUCUCUACACCAAGGGGGCCGGCCUCCACCAGUGGACUUCAUCUCACACCUGUGACUGGGAUGGGGAAGACAUAUUACACAUCAACUUCUUCCAUGGAGGAAUCAGGGCAUGUGUCCAGUCGGGAGAUGUAAAUGUUCAUGCUUCAUACACAGAGAAGUUCAUAGCUCAGCCUCACAAACCAACACUGGUGGAUCAUGGACAGUGUGCAAUGAAUGGCUUUUUUGCUGUCUCAGCUUCAGGUUUGCUGCUAGUGUGUGUUUUAACACAUGAAGGUGCAAUCUUCACUGAAAAGAAAAUUGUGCUUGGAAAUACCCGAGACAACUUUUCUGUUGCCACUGCUGCUUUGGCUCCAACUGGACAUAUCCAUGUAGCCACCUGGAAGCCUGAAAUGAUCAAGUGUUGGCGAGCAGAACUCAAGGUGCUGGAUCAAGCCCGAGGAAGCAAAGGUGACAUCGCAGUAACCAUUCAGGCGGCCCAGUCAUUCUGCCCUGCCCUGUCCAAUACCACUUGGCACACAUCCACCAAGAGUGAAGGACUUGUGCAAGUAACCUGUCUACGCUACACUGAGCUGGAAGACCCCACCAGCCUGCUUGUGGCACUUACUGUGGAGAAGCCAGUCAAGGCCUCACCUACACAACAGUCCAGCACUCCUCCAACCUCAGGCACAGUAUCUCAUCUUGUACGGAGGUAUCAGCUUCAGGACCAGCAGCGUCCCUUACUGAAGCCCUUCAAACCCAUGGCUGACACAGUUGGAAUUGCUACAAAGGAAUGGUUUUGCAUGGGUGAAUGGGCAUCCAGUAGUCCAAUAGUGACUCUCAGCACUGCAACCAGACACCUCCUCCCAGGCUCAGCUGGUGCCCACCUCCCCUUCAUCAUUACUGCAGCCACAGCAGAUGCCUAUAUCUGUGCAAUAAACAGAGAUAACAUGCAGCAGUUAAGCAGCCACAACUUGCUGAACGUCAGAGGUGGGAAUGAAGAUGCUCCAGUAAGCAAACGUGUGGCAAGUGAGAGGCAGGUGGUCUCCCUCACUCACACCUGGAGUGGCCUGUCUCUUAUUGCCUUGGACUCGAUGGGCAGCCUACACUUUAUAACACUGAUCCGUCCUGCAGAUAUUGGUCCACAGUGGGCAAUAUCACUGAUUUUGCUGCUAGAGUUUGCAUUGGUCAGUGGCAGUGACUGGUGGGAUCUGUUAGUGUCCACACCACACACAUCCAUCCUCAUGCUGACUGAUAAACUGUCUGACACCUUCCAGCAGCACUCCACUCCCAUCUCACAGCAUCUCCACAUAAGAUUCCUUGUCAUGAAAACAUCCAUGCUGAGGCUCUUAGGUAGUCAGCAACAGAAAGCAAUAGAAUCCAGAAUACAAGUUCAGUUGACAGCCACACAGCAGCUCUUCAGAACUCUUCGGCCUGUGACCGGGGAUGUUGCCACCGCUGAGAAGAAUAUAAGUGUGUCCAUCCAGAAUUACUUGGAGAGUCGUGCAUCACUUGAUAUUCUUGACAUAGAGAAGUCUCUUGACCAGUUCUGCAGUUCAGUGAAUGUCAAAGACUGUCAGGUGGACCCAGGACAGCUGCAGAACCUUCAACCUCUCAUUCAGUUUGCAGCAGAUCUUGCAUUGUUUAUUCUCUUCAUGCUGGCACAAAAUAGCAAGUUUGAGUUGGCUCGGGAUGCAAAAAUAGUCCAGAGCUUACGAGAACUCCUAUUUGUUGCAAGACUGUGGUAUCGGCACAACAAAUUAGUUCUUCCUCAAAUGUUUCGCAAGACGCAGUCAGUAGAUGCUUGGGCUCAGAUUUAUAAACUGCUGACAAGAGUGGCUCAGAUUUUACCAGGAGAACCUGACUCUACCUUGAUAGAUGAGUGUGUGUUGCUGGAGACCCAAGUUAUGUGUCAGGAACUGCCACUGCAUGUUCCCCCAAGAGGUGUUUUGGCUGAUAUGGCAUCUUCAGCCUCAACACCAUUACAAUAUGAAUUUGCUAAUGGAGAGUCAAACAAUGUGAACACCUCUGGAGCUCAACCUCGCAUCUUGGAGGGAGCCCUGCCCCCCUUGCCAUUACUGGAUCCUCUUCAUUACCGUUACAUUGCUCCCCAGGAGCCAAAGUUCAACUGCACACGGUGCUGCAGUGUGAGAGCCAGCUGGUGGGGGGAUUCUGAAAGUGUGUGGGAUCAUCACUGGGCUUCAAAUUGCAUUUGCUCAGGACACUGGGCACAGCCACCAACCUCCCCUCCUAGAGCUGCUUGAACAUGCUCAGUCCUGCAUUAUUUCAAGUCUAAAUGUAACACAAAAGCUUGUUCAUUUAUUUAGAACCCUUAAGUAUUAUAUUACUAUUGAUUUUUCAUAAUACAUUUUAAGUCUAAAUGUAACACAAAAGCUUGUUCAUUUGUUUAGAACCCUUAAGUAUUAUAUUACUAUUGAUGUUUCAUAAUACAUUUUUUUUCCUAAAUAUUUGCUUCGUAUAAACAAAAAACAAAAGACCAAAGUAUAGAUUGUAAAGCUAAUGAAAUAUCAAGCUCCUAUAAAGCACUGCAGACCUGUUCCGUAUGUUUGUAUUAUAGCUAUGAAUUAUUUGUAAUAACAUUUAGGUUAAUUUGCUAAAAAGAAUCAAGAUACAGAGUGAAAUCUGAACUUUUUGAGAAAGUGAGCAAUAACUUUUUUUGCUUCUGUACAUACAAUUUUGAAAUUUUUUGUCACUUAAUUGUAGUAACCAUCAUGAUGUUAUAUGGUAAUAUUAUAAUUUCCUUGGAGAACCAAAGCAAAGCAUACUUUAUCAUGAAAUCACUGUUUGCUUUUUAUGGAUUUUGUGUAAAGAAUGCAAAGGAACAAGUUGCAACAAGAAAGUACAACAUUUGAUUCCAAGAAUUGACUGCCAAUUGACAUGCACUGUACUUUUGUACAUUUAUGAAUGUUAUGUCAGCACCAUUAGUAACAUUUUUCUUAGAUUUACAAUAUUUAAGAAUAAAGUACAUACAGAUCCCUAGACAAAACAAAUUUUUCCCUUAAGAAAUUAGGGGAAAACGAUUAAUCCAUUCCCAAGAAGAAAAGUUAUUGGUAAAUCAUACAGUACAUUGAUGAUGAUGUAUAAAAUUCAUUUAAACACUGCUUGAUAGUAAAAUACAUACUGUACUUGAUGGCUAAGAUGUACAGAUUUAUAAGACUUGCCCCAUUUCUACAGAGCCUAUUCAGAAAAAGGUUUUAUGUAUUUAAGUUUGUAAGGUUUCAAGCAAGCUAAAUGCUUGCUUGAACAAAAUACUAACAAUCACAAUAGUAAAAAUGUCAUACAUGAUUGGAGUAAUAAAACAGAGGUAGUGGCUUAGUCACAGAGACAAGGUGAAGAUGUCAACAGCUUUGUAAUGAAAAAGGAGUGUCAUACACUGUCAAAUAUGGUAAAUAAAAAAGCAAUAGAUGAAAGAAAUAAAAAUUCAACCUCACUUUACCUUGCUGAGAAAUCCACCAACCUGGUAACACUGCUCAAGGGCGUUAUGACUUUGUCUUGAUAAAUAAGCACAGCGUGUAGUACUGUGGCUCAUUUUAACAUAUACAAGUUCUAAUUUGCAAAUUGUAUCCCAAACAAAGGUCACAUACCAAGCAAAUCAUUUUGCGUCCAAACAGAACAUACACCAAGUUUGACUUAUUACGAAGUGGACAUAUACUGAGUUACCACUGUAUACAUUGAAGCUGUCUUUAACAGCUGAUAACAAUCAUGGCAAGAAAAUAAAGUGAACACCUUAAAAAGAGAAUAGAUUAAGGGAUGUUUGUGCUGCAGGUUCAUGUUCAUUAUUGUUGAGUAAGAUAUGAAAAAAUUGAAGUUAUAAGUGGCAUGUUUAGCAAUAUUAUCAAGUUGCUGACCUGAGAAUAAUUUUUAAUAUCUAUUGCCAUUAUGCACCUACUGGCAUUCUUAGACAAUCAGCAAUGCCUAACUAUGAAUUGGUACUUUUAAAAGAGACAUUUCUCAAAAAAAAAGUCUACUAUUAGCUUUGUAAAUCUUAUAACAUUUCAGAUGUUGGAGAUUAAGCAUACCAUUUUAGUUCAUCAUUAUUUUAGUAAUCAAGAAAAUAGGUUAUUCAACACUACCAAACCCAACCUUUAUUACAAUUGUAUCUAAUACAUGCAUUAAGUAAAAUUUUUGUAAGCUUGUUAAUAAUGUGUGUAUUUCUAUAUAAAUUAUCCAAUAAAAGUGUAACUCUG